UCUCCGUGACGAACGUUCUCAUGACAGCGACUGUGGUGACUAGAAAUCACAUGAUGUUUUGAUCACAUGAUUUACAACUUCGUGAGCGUGGGCUUUUUGUAAAGAUCUAGACCUACUAAGGCCUAACCUCUGUUAUCAACACAAUAGACAACUUCAUGUUAUCGUCGCCGUGACAAAACCAAGGAUCUGCGUUGAACCCCAAAAUCAGUCCGCUUCUGACCGUCGAUUUGAACUCAACUCCCCCAGUCUCUAGAUCUAGUGUCGUUCACAAUGCUUUGUGGUGGUACCGCCCCUGCUCAGGACGCUGAUGCAGAAGUCCAGACCUUGAUUGGUUCGGUGCGUGAGGCACUGGAGACAAAGGCUGGCAAAACUUUCUCCCAGUACAAGGCAGUGACUUACAGAACUCAAGUGGUUGCUGGCACAAACUACUUUGUCAAGGUUCAAGUGGAUGCGGAUGAGUAUGUUCACUUGCGAGUGUUCAAGCCACUGCCUAAUGAAAACAGACUGCCUGAGCUGAGCGCAUAUCAACUGUGCAAGACCAAAGAUGAUGAACUGCAGUUUUUCUCAUAAAGCCUAAGAUGCAGUCAGCGAGACUUUUCGCUCAAAAACUAAUUUUUUUUACUACUUUGAUAACUGAUUCUAUGACUUCUUAUAGGCUAGACUGAAAGCCUACAGUUGUAUAUCAACAAUUCUCAUUUUUACAACAACAAAAAAACUCUAUUUAAGGAUCUCAGCAUCUUGCUAGUAUAUUGUAAAAGACACUUUCAUGUAUUUUUCUAUUUUGAAAAAAUACAUAUUUUUUCGUAAACAACUAAACAACUGACUUACUACAGGAUGGAACUUAUACCUGGUAGAGUCGUCUGAUAUGUACUCAUCUAUUUCAUGAUUAGAGUUUAUUAUGAUUGAAGUAUGAAUGUUCAGUAUGAAAGGGAAUGCAAAAAGACAUACACUAUUUAUUCAUACAGUAUUUCUUGCUGUAUUGUAUGUCUGUUCCACAUUUGAGUCCUUUUUUUCUUGUUUUUUGUUUUUUUUAAGUCAGCGCAAAGAAGCAAUGUUAGAACUUUGUUGUAAAAUACAAAAAUUAAUGUAGCCCAGCUUCCUUUGUCUUUGCUGUGACCUCUUGUCCAAUAAAUCUAUGAAGUUCCAAAAAUUG